AGUGGUGGCGGCAACGAGCGGCGCGAUGAGCAUCCAGUACGCACAGUAUGAGUCCGAGAAGGAGCUAGGCGACUUGAUGGCCCUGUUUGAAAAGGACCUGUCGGAGCCGUACUCUGUGUACACAUACCGGUACUUCCUCUAUAGCUGGCCGGAACUGUGCAUCUUGGCCCGAGGCGGCGACGGCACCGUCGUGGGGGCGAUCGUGUGCCGGUUGGAAAAGAGUCCGGGGGUGCUCAAGGGCUACAUUGCCAUGCUGGCCGUGGACAAGUCGUUCCGAAAGCAUGGCAUCGGGUCGAGUCUCGUGAAGAAAGCCAUCGACCAGAUGAUCCAACUCGAAUGCGACGAAGUCGUGCUCGAGACCGAGAUCACCAACGUGGCUGCAAUUCGACUGUACCAAAACCUUGGGUUUGUUAAGGACGAACGACUGCUCAAGUACUAUCUGAAUGGCGUGGAUGCGUUCCGAUUAAAGUUAUGGAUGCAUUAGCAUUGUAAAACCAAUUCAAACUGCCCGCAAUCUACGUUUUGA